AUGGGCAGCACAACCCCCAACCGCUUCGGCGCCCCCCGGCCCGACCCAACGUUACACCUCCCACGCAUCCUCUGCCUCCACGGCGGCGGCACCAACGCGCGCAUCUUCCGCGCCCAAUGCCGCGUCGUCCAGCGGAUGCUAGAGCCUUACUUCCACCUCGCCUACGCCGAGGCGCCCUUCGCGUCGGCGCCCGGCCCGGACGUCGUCACGGUGUACGCCAACGACGGGCCCUUCAAGCGCUGGCUGCGGUGGCUGCCGGACCACGCGCCCGUCGACGACGCGAGCGCGAUCCGCGCCCUCGACGACUCGCUUGCGCAGGCGAUGCGCGACGACGACGCCGCGGGCGCCACAGGGCCUUGGGUCGGGCUACUGGGUUUCAGCCAGGGCGCCAAGAUGGGCGCGAGUCUGCUGUUUCGCCAGCAGGUGCGUGUUGCUAAGAUGGGGCGUGUUGCUGCUGUCGCCGCUGCCGCGGGCACGGAGUGGAAGUUUGCGGUGCUGAUGGCGGGGCGCGCGCCGCUGGUUAACCUGAAUCCGGACGUGUUCCAGUCGUCGAUGUUGAGUGAUGCGUCGGAGAUUGGGUUGAGUGGCCAGCCGGACCUGAUGGAGAUGAUGAGCGGGCAGCAUGUGCUGCGGCUGCCGACGAUCCAUGUGCACGGUCUGGCGGACCCAGGGUUGCAUCUGCAUCGCGAGUUGCUGGAGCAUUACUGUGAUCAGGAGACCGCAACGGUCAUCGAGUGGGAUGGCGCGCAUCGGGUGCCGCUCAAGGCGACGGAUGUACAGCCAAUGAUCGGUGCGAUAUUGGAGGUGGCGAAGCAGACGGAUGUCCUUUGA